AUGGUCUUCCCUGUUUUUCAGCUGGUAUACCGGGCCAGUCAGCAGCAGGAUCAGGAUGAGAAGAUGGCUGGCUGUGUGUUUCCAAUGGGACCAGAGAGCUUUCAGCGCUUCACGCCGGACUCCCUGGCGGCCAUCGAGCAGCGCAUCGCCGAGGAGGAGGCCCGGCGCAACAAACAGUACCAGGAGGACCUGGGCGACGUGGAGCUCCCCCGGCCCCGCCCAGACCUGGAGGCUGGAAAACAGCUGCCUCGAAUCUUCGCCGACAUCCCGUCUCAUCUGGUGGGCGUUCCCCUGGAGGACAUCGACCCGUACUACUUCAAAGACCAGAGGACCUUCAUAGUCCUGAACAAAGGGAAGGCCAUCUUCCGUUUCAGUGCCACUUCAGCUCUCUACGUCUUCAGCCCCUUCCACCCCAUUCGCAGAAUCGCCAUCAAGAUCCUGGUCCACUCGUUAUUCAGUCUGUUCAUCAUGUGCACCAUCCUGACCAACUGCUGCUUCAUGGCCAUGUCAGAGCCAGCGUACUGGGCCAAGUACCUGGAGUACACCUUCACAGGUAUCUACACCUUCGAAUCCCUCAUUAAGAUCCUGGCCAGGGGCUUCUGCAUCGGACCCUUCACCUUCCUGAGGGAUCCAUGGAACUGGCUGGACUUCAGCGUCAUCGUCAUGGCGCUGUUAACAGAGUUUAUCAAAGUAGGAAACCUGCAGGCGCUGAGAACCUUUAGAGUCCUGAGAGCCCUGAAAACUAUCUCAGUCAUCCCAGGCCUGAAGACCAUCGUCGGCGCUCUGAUCCAGUCGGUGAAGAAGCUGGCGGACGUGAUGAUCCUCACCGUCUUCUGCCUGAGCGUCUUCGCCCUCAUCGGCCUUCAGCUCUUCAUGGGAAACCUGCGGCAGAAAUGCGUUCGCAGCACGGCGCACUGCUUCAACGGCAGCCUCCCGGAAAACACCACCUUCUUCUGCAACAACAAGACCUGGCCUCCCUGA